UUUCCCUUUCCCUUCAAAUGGCUGGCGUUUGAUACUACAAGGAUAUCAUAUCAAUAUAUAUAUAUUAUCAUCUCUUUCGGCUGGUGAUGUUUGUGUUGCACGCACGCUAAUUGAAAAAUCACACUCAAAACGGUUGGGAGGUUAGCAGCCAUGGCAAUGGAGGCGGAGGCUCUCCUGCCGGAGCCGGAGCCGGAGUCGCCGCCGCUGCUCGCCGUCGACCACCUCGGCGGCCCGGCCUCCCGCGGCAGCUCCGGCCGGUGGCCCGCCGCGUUCUUCCUCAUCGGAGCGGAGGUAGGCGAGAGGUUCGCAUACUCGGGCAUCAUGGGGAACCUGGUGAUCUACCUGACCGGGCCGCUCCGGCAGCCGACGGCGGCGGCGGCGGCGGCGGUGAACGUGUGGAUGGGCACCUCGAUGCUGCUGCCGCUGCUCGGCUCGGCCGUCGCCGACUCAUGGCUCGGCCGCUACCGCACCAUCGUCUGCGCCUCCCUCCUCUACAUCUUGGGGCUGGGCAUGAUCACUGUCUCGUCGGUUCUUGCACCGGAAGAGUCAUCCGAGAGCUCAAAUCUAGCUGCUCAUGUGGCUUUCUUCUACUUCUCACUCUACGUGGUGGCGUUUGCUCAGGGCGGACACAAGCCUUGCGCGCAGGCGUUGGGUGCAGACCAGUUCGACGAGAACGACCCCGGCGAGCUCGCCUCCAGGAGCUCCUUCUUCAACUGGUGGUUCUUCGCCUCCUACGGCGGCAACACUGUCACUGUUCCCAUCUUGAAUUAUGUCCAGGAAAGCGUAAGCUGGCAGCUUGGCUUCGCAAUCCCAUGCAUCGCCAUGGCCGUUUCUCUUGCCAUCUUCUUGAUCGGGACAAGGAGUUAUCGCUUCUACCCUCCGAAGAGUAAGGGAAACCCAUUCGGAGAGGUCGCCGAGUGGAUUCGACGUUGGAUCGCAUCGUCCUGUUCGAAAUUGCCUGACAGUUCUGAUGAGUUGCUACCGUCAUCAUCGUCUGAGGGGGAUGUCAGCAAUUCAAGCAGUGAAUUCGUCCCUAAAGAAGCUGCAGAGCUGGUCAAGUUGUUUCCAAUAUGGGCUUCCAGCCUGAUAUAUGCUGCUGUGAUGGCACAGUGCAUCACUUUCUUUACAAAGCAAGCAAGCACACUGGACAGAAGGGUAGGCAGCUUAGUGCUGCCAGCUGCUUCAAACGGGGCAUUGUUCAAUGCUACAAUCAUGGUCUUCCUCCCAAUCUAUGACAGAAUCUUUAUCCCAGUGGCCAGAAGAUACACCAAGAACCCUAGCGGUAUCACGACGCUGCAGAGGAUCGGCGUCGGGUUGGUUCUCUCGAUCAUCACGAUGAUCGUUGCUGCAAUGGUUGAGAUGAGGAGGCUCAGGAUAGCAAGAGAUUUCGGCCUUGUGGACAAACCUGAAGCUGUUGUUCCUAUGAGCUUCUUGUGGAUUGUUCCGCAGAACAUUCUGGCUGCAAUUUCUGAUAUGUUUGCUGUGAUUGGAUUGCAAGAGUUCUUCUACGGUGAGGCACCGGAGAGUCUGCGAAGCUUUUCCAUGGCUCUGUUCUUGAGCAUAAUUGGAGUUGGGAACUUCAUCAGUAGUUUCAUUGUAUAUGCCAUUGACAGGGUGACCAGUAGCUUUGGAGACAGCUGGUUCUCUAACAAUCCAAACAGAGGGCAUGUCGAUUACUUCUACUUGCUUAUUACCGUGCUCAAUGCUUUGUCCCUGGCCUGUUUCUUAUACUUUGCUAAAAUGUAUGAACAUAGGAAAAAGGUCAUCUCAGUGCAGUGACAUUGUGUGCAGCCUACAUAUUUGUAGCUCCACUGAUAAGGUCACCUUCACAAUCUGAUCCAGUCUCAAGAAUGUAACAUGGUAAAGCUGUAUCUGGUAUAAUGUAUGUUCCAGUUUCACUUCCUUCAUUGAUACGUCCUAACUAUACUUUGUAAGAAAUUAUGUGACCCAGCUGCAAAUGCAAAUGAAAUGUUCCUUAAUUUCA